AACGACACGAACACAUGACUAGGUCUAUGUCCUUUGAUGAAACGUAGAAUGUAGUGCGGUAACAAGGACGCAUGAUAUGGAAAGUACUCAGACGUGCUGACCGCGGCACUGGCCACGGUCGGCACGUCUGCAAGAAUGCCAACGGUUUAUGCAAAUUUGUACCCUGCUUUUACUUCUACUCCCUUGCCACUGCGUAGCUGCAUCGUAAAGAGGAUCAUGCUGCAGCGCAAGGAGCGGCUGCCCUUGCACUUUCGCGGGAACACCUCGUCCUGGGGCGGGUCUCUACCGCCGCCCGCUCGCAUCUUCUUUUUUCUUCAGCUCCUGCUAAAUAGGUACAACCACUUCAUCGUGUAUUGCAUCUUCGCUCGCAUCUUCUUGACUUCCGCGCACGAGAUUUCGGAAGCAGACGAGCUUGACCAGUACGAGCAGGCGGACAAAGAACAACAGUUGUUCGAGGAGGAGGUGCUGAGGGGUAUGCAGAGCUUUCUGCAACACGAGCAGCAGGAACUGGUGCAAGAGAUGGAGGUGGAAAUUGCGCGGAUGACCGAACGGAGAGAACGGUUAGACUUCAACUGGUGGCCGUUCGAUGACAUUGGCGGUGGCGGCGACGCGGCGUCUUCGGUCGUUGACGCGCCGUCUUCGGUCGCUUGGGAGCCUUGGCAGGUGGAAUUUCAAAACCUGGAGGAGUACGCGCAUCACGACGGCAACGGUGAUCUGUCGAAGGAGGAGAUGCGGGAAUUUUUUUUCGGAGUAGAUGAAGGUCACCAUCAUGAUCGGGAUUGGUACGCUGAUCAGGUUCAACACAUGCCGGACGCCGAAUACGAGCUGUGGCAGCGCAUGGGUGGCGAUGACACCGGGAACGUCGACGACGUCUGGAGUUCGUUGGAUGAAGAUUGGGGCGACCACCAGGAGGACCACACCGUUCACAUGACUGACGUGCAGGAUGCGAUCAAACACAAUGUCGACAGUUCCAACGACCUGAAGCAGGACCUGAACGAAUUCCGGGAAAACGCCGGAUUCGCGCGUUGGGGUGGCACAGACCCUAUGAAAACGAUGAAAAUCCUGCCACUCCUAUAUAUCUGAUAAAAUCUCUUUCGCUUUUCCUUUUGCUUUGUGUCAUGGUUCUGCAUAUGGUCAUAUCCACAGCAAGGUAGUACCUCAGCUCACCACAUCAUCCAUUUUUUUUGCAGAUUGUGACAUUGCAAUAAAGACGUCUGUCCUGCUCUUCGCUCUCUUCUUUGAAGUUAUAAGAUCGACGACGUACAAAAGGAGCUCAAUGCGGUGGCGUUCUAGUUUGUUUUCAUAGACUCGCUAUUGGAGAACGAGCCGGACGCUACAAAUGGUCAUGGCGUAAACGUUCGAAGUUUUGCGAUCUUUUUCGACGACGCGAAACACCUCGACUUGUUCAAGGCGCUCGGUGGGGAAGUGGCGCCGGGAGAGGAUAAGCCUACCCAGCACGAAAUGGAGGACUUGUUUAACAAAUUGAACACAGAUCACCCAGGACUCGAGCUGACUACGAGCGGAGGGAUGGAUCCUGUCAGUCUCAUAAUCAGUGCAUGCAUGUUUUUUUGCUCGAGAACCAAGACAAUGCUCUAUUUCUGGAUGCGGAACAAAAAGCGCUGCUUCUGUCAAUCUAGUUUUUCAUUUCGACAGCAAAAGGAAAACGACCGGAAAUCUUGAAGCGUUCAAAUCUAGUACUCAUAUGCAGCUAUUUUUUUUUUACAUAGACGAGAUAGAGUUCGUUGCAAUUUCUGAUCGCUUUUGCGUAUGAAAUGUUGAUAUGCGCGACCCCAUGGACGCAGACCUGCAAGCAAAAAUGGCGCUUUUUUGGGACUUCUGGGAGACCCGCCUUCGUAGAUUCUUGCGAUUUCCCGCCUGUAAAAAGGGGCAGCAAAAUAAAAUUCACGGCGGUCGGAGACGGCCGACAUUGUCGGCCUUCUGGUAGGAGGAUGCAUACGCUUGAGCGUGAGGGUAUGACGCACACGGAGAAAAAACGUUUACUUAUUUGUACCGAGCAAGUGCAACACUUCCGUGUGGCCGCGCGCUCGACCUUUGCACGCGCCGAUCCGAGGAGUCUGUGGGUGGGUGCGCGCACCCAAAGAGGCUGCCGUGAUCUCAUAAACAAGUAUAGAUAAUCAAGAUAAGGCCACCACUUCAGUGAAGAGUGGCAGCAAUAAUAUUGACGCCACUGAAGUGGCUAUCAUUCGCAACAUGCGAGAGUAUGAUCAGGCUGAUAGUCUCGCAUGAAUUUCAGAACUUCUGGAAAUCAACACCAAGAAACUCUUGACACCGCGUUGCUGUUUCUUUCUUGCAUUUUUUGAAAUUUGGUUCCGCGCCAAGACAUGUUUGCACUGCUGUAUAAAUCACUCUUGUAGAGCAGUCCUGGGCCGAGCCACCUGGGGUUCAUACGCAGGCCCUGCUUAGUAUGAACGAAAUAUUGGCAGGACUGAAUCAGCAUGGGGACCACCUCGGCUUGGUUACAGGGCAGGACACGGAUCGGCAUACGGACAUGAAUAUUCACGAGUUCUUCGAUGUCCACGGCGGAACCGAGUCCGUCAGGACCCGCCCGGAGUACGCGCCAACUUUGGUGCUCGACGACAAUCACCAGCAAACAUCAGGAGAUCCGCUGCACGUCCCAGACCCAAUUGCGGUGGACCACGACCAAGACCAUGAGUCCGCCCCUGCGCCGGACGGCGCUGCAGCAGCGUCGCAACACGAGGACGACCACAGUUCUUCACAGCACGGCGGACGCAGUCACGUUCACGAGCAUGGUCAUGAUGCUGCAACGACGCAUCAUCACCACCAUGAUCAACACGAUGCCGGUCACCAAAGUCAUCAUCGUUCCCACCACCACCACCACCACCCGCAUCCCAGUAGCCGCCAUGGAGCCACACCUGCUCCAUCUCCUGCACGGGAAGAACGGGGUGGCCAAACUACUUCUACACCCGACGAGACGACAUCCGCAUCCUCCGCCUCCCCUGCGCCAGCAUCGCCUGCCUCCCUUGCAACGAGCUUAACCUCAAAAAUGGCCCCUGUGGCUGACACCGUGAAGCAGCACGCAGGCGAAGCGGCGGUUGUCGCCGGCUCGGUUGCAGCGGUGGGCGGAGCUGCACUGGGUGCGCGGCGGGCACUGAAGGCCGCCAGGAGGGAACAAAACAAGAAUGGGACCACGAAGAGCGAGAAGAGCUCCGGCAAGACGCAGGACCUCCACGGAGAUGUGAAGAAGUCUCAGGGAAGCAACACGAAAACAAGUGCACCCCUGAUGAAGGAGAAGGUGACCGAGGAGUUGCCCUCUGCGUCUUCCAAUCUGCAAGUCACGCAGGACGACGAGGAGCACGCAAAGGACGGACAAACCGUCUCGAAUGACAACUAUGAGGACGAGUUGUCUGCUGAUAAAGGCGGCAAAGAUAGAACUCGCGGUGACGAAGCUGCAGAAAGAGAACAACAGCGGCCGGUGGAUGAUCUUCACGCUGAUUCAAGAAGUUCGGUCUCAAAAACGAGUACGUCACCCGAGAAACCGGAAAUGUCGUCUCGUCUGAAGAGUCCAUCGGACGCUGAAACGACCCCCACCAGCGCCUCCUCCUCCGCCAGCAGUCCGGCCUCGACACCACGCUCCUCUUCCGCUACUCCCCGCCGCGGAAACCUGCGCGGCACGGCGGCGUUUUUGCAAAAGUUAGAGAAAAUGGAGAAAUAAAAAACGCGGUGGGAAUGAGAACGGCGAGAACGGAGCAGUAGAAUCUUUGAUGUUGUACGUACCGAAUGUUUUACAUCUUCAUGAAGCUUGACAGUGUUCCGCUAGAAUGCCUGUAAUGCCUGGCCACAAACCAGGUAGUAAAGGUAGUCCAGCAAAAGAGAGAAUCAACCAUCGGCCAUCGUCUUUUAUUCUACCGCUCGUUUUUCUUUUCUGGGAAGAGAGAGUCGUUUUUCUUUACCGACCGAGAGAUUAGGACUACAGCAUUCUUACUGCCUCUGUCUCUCCUGGGGGAAGCAAGAAUCUAACUCAUCGUGGGGGGGAGGAGAGUGGGAACCAGGGCCUUUUCUUUUCUGUUUUUGUUUUCUCCUCGCCUCUCAGGGAGGAAAGAGAGGGGAUAGGGCAGAGAAGGGGUAUAGUGAUUGUGUAUUCUGAUGACGUGUUGUCUCCUUCUUACACCCUAAGUGGUUGUAGUCUCAUAGUUCAAAAAAAAAUAAAAGGAAAACAAAAACUAUGGUCGAUGACUACCGGCGAGACAGGCUCUUUGCCAUUGCCAGGGCAGUGGCAUUAGAUAGCGUCACUAGCUGGGAAAGCGGAACCGAGGAACGGUGGACGAUCAAACUAAAAUCCGGCGCAGUGCAUUACUUGAUUCUGUACGACACCAAAAAGAAAACAGUAGUAGUCCAACCCACUUACAACAAGCUCCGCGACUUCAUCAAGGGAGAGGGAGAGCACAAGAACGUCAGCAUCGAGGAGCUGAAAGUAGCCACCUUCUUAGACGAAUGGCAGGGGGGAAAUGCGACCAUCUGGAGUAAAAAGACAAAGAAAAUACAGGACCAGUCCCCAGCAGAGGAAGAAGUUGACUACUUCCUGAGCGGUAUUCCGGCGCCAAUUCCGAAGAUCCAGGACACCCACCACUUCCCGCGCCCGAUGCUACCGAUGAUGGGCGCAGGCUACCAGCAAGGCCUGAUGAUGACGGACAUGUUCGGGAUCCCGAUGACGAUGCAGAACAUGAUGAUGAACAACAUGACGCAGCAGCAGCUUUGCGGGACACCCAGUGCCCACUCCAUUUUCCAGAUGCAGAUGCCCGCCCACCAAGCAGAAAGUAGCGUCCCCUCGAUGACGUCCAACAAGCGGCCAGCGGAUGAAGGCGAGAACGGGCAGGGAGAGACCUACUCCUCGCAAGAGUGGAGACAGUGGGUCGAGGGAGUCUGGGAUCAGGAAGAGAAAAAGGUGCCGGAACCGAAAAAAGUGAAAAUGGAGAAGGAGGAGGAGUAGCUUGGAUUUUCCGAGCAGGUGCGAGGAGGAGAUGCACAGGGCGAGAGUAGAGAACUCAAGAAAAAUCAAAAUUUACAAAGGAGACUUUAACCACAAAAGAGUUAUUUACUAGGAAGAGAAAGACAGACCUAUUCACUAGCUACAAGACUAUAAAUCUAAAGGCUUUUCAAAGUUUUCAUUAUUCUAGUUACGACGGAUUAUAUCUAUUUACAAUUUGAAUGAUGCAAUUUUCGAAGACUACUCCCUGUACACUUCCAUGCUCACGAUAUCACAAGCCUAAAAAUUUUGAAUAGACGCAAGUAAAUGUAAAAAGACAGCAAAGACACCGCUGCGUAGUGGUUUACUCAGAGAACAGGAUGAGAUAGAGGCACUUCCUCUAUUAUCAUGCUUCCCACUUUGCAAUGCAGAAUGAAGGACGAAAAUGGGCCGGAGAUAAGCAUUGCAAAGUGGAUAGAUAUAGGACCUGCAGCUUUUUCUUUUCGUUUCUUCCUGUCCCCUAGGCUGCCAGUCGGCAGUGUCGGUAGUGUCCACCAGUGCUCGCCUCGAGGUUCAAAAGUUCACGCUUUGCUUUCGGAGAUUGAUUCGAAGAUGCUCCAAGACAGCGCGACAGGAGAAAAGAUCAAAGUAUAAGUCCGCUCGGAAAAGCCGACUGGACCAGGGGGUGAUCGGUAUAUUCUUUUCUGUGCCUGGUGAUGAGACAGCGACUCCCGCUCAGAUGAACGUCGGUAGACAAGAGGUCGUUUUUGUGAAGAGCCGCCAUAGGUUUCCCCACAAGGAACAGGACUUGACUUGUCGGUCGCGGAGAUCUCCGAUUUCGCAGCUCGUGUGAGAAGUUCGGUUACUUUCUUUCUUUCUUUCUUGGGCCAGGGUAGAAGAGGGACCGGGGCAAGGAUUAAGCACAACGAUAUAGCUUCUCCAUUGGGUUACAGAUCGAAACAAGUAAGAUAAUAUGACUCUUUACCACCCAAAACGCUGGCCAUUUUUGUAAUUUUGUAUCUUUUUGACCCAGGUACUACGAGGUUUCCAAUUAAAAUUUAAAAAUUGCGACCGUUUUUGGUAGAAAGUCUGCUUUUCACAUUACGUUAGCGCUGGCAAAAGAAGAGUUGCAGGAUGGAUGCUGGUCGCUCUAGAUCGGGGCCGCUCUCAGGCUUCAUCUCUCACCCUCUCUGGAUCCCCCCGGUGGAGCUAUCAGAGCGGGAAAAGGCCGCGCCGCUCCAACUGAUCAAGUCGCAGGUGAAGAAGCAGGAGGAGAUUGAGCUGGCGGAAGCAGUCAACAAGGGCAGCAUAUUCUGGCGCGAAGGCCUGCCCUUCGCCAUCUCGAGGACCACGAAAGGAGGCUGGUGGCAACAGCACCAUGAAGUAGUAACCUCCAUCAGCGACGACGAGAGACUACAGAUACGCACCCGCUUCGAGGAGAUGGAUUGGAAAUCAACCAGCCAGAAGAUUACGGAACAGUUAGACCAGCGCUGCAUCCAGCCGCCGCUCAUAGAGGUCAAAAGCGAUGAGAAGAGGUUUCCCCUCACCCUCUUCGUCCUGAAUACCAGGGGCUUCCGAUCCGGAAAACCUGGCAAAGACUACCGUCCGGAACUGCUAGCGGCAGCAGAAGUGCUGUCACUGGCGCCACGAGUCUGUGCGCUGAUAGACUUCAAAUUUCCACCGGAAGACGAGGAGCCGUGGAAACGUUUCAAGGCAGCACUCGACGACCACUACAAAGUGAUCAAGUUUGAUGAAGUAGUUUUUGCCCUGGCGCACGGGGAAACUUACGGGAAAGAUGACAAGGGGAAAAUCAUCCAGCAAGUAGGGAGCACGCGAUCCAUGUUCCAACUAGUAGUAAACAACAUAUCCGUCGUUGCGGGCUACGUUAAACCACCAAGCGGGCAAGGACGACGGGCCUCCGAAAUCGACAGAAGAAAAGACGAGCUCGAGGUGGUGCUGGACCUGAUGGAGAGCGGCUUCAGCGGGAGAACAGCAAUAGCAACAGGUGACUGGAACAACGAGAAGAAGGUGAGGCGGUGGCAUGAAGAGCACAGUGACACCAUCGAGGACCUAUUGCCGGACACCCCCUCGCGGGUUACGGCGGAAUCCCGCACGAGGCCCGACGUCGCUUUCGUCCGGGACAAGCAAGACAAGACGCUGACGGCCGAGGUGGAGCCGCCGAUUUACAUCUCCUCCGACCACCAAGGUGUCUGGGUCACCAUCGAGCAGUCCGCUUACACGAAGGUGAAGCCGCCGAAAUUUCCUUCUGAGUCACAGCCAAGGCUGAGAGCACCAGUGCAGCUGACCGCGGGCCAGGAGAAAGCAUUUGUCGAGGCGCUGGAACACAGAAGCGAGGACCACAGCAGCCGGCUGGACCUACAGGCGGACGUCACAGCAGCCCUGGGCAAGGCGGGGAUCACAAAGACAGCGGGGAAAAAGUCCAGAAGGAGAGCUAUUCUCAUGGACGUUGCCGCCGGGAAGAUCAUGGUGGAUCCGAUGGAAAUAGCAAAAUCAAGGGAGCGGCGCUUUCGGCGAAAGGAGCCAAAAGGCGGCGAUCCAGUGAGCCACCUAGACAUCCUGCGCAUCAUCUACGAAGCACCCAGCAAAAAAGUCGCGUGGAAAUCGGGCGCGAUGGCUAGGGCCCUUGCUGCUGUUUUCCCCAAACGGUCACCAGGGAUGUCAGGCACCCGGCCCGAGUCCAUCAAACUGGUGCCGCAAGCCUAUUGGAGCAAGUGGCUAGGUGAGCAGGUGGAGGAUUACAACGCAAUGCGGCCCAUGAAGUUCGUCAAGGUGAACUUGAUUUCCGCCAUUCCCAAGGUGCUGGAGAAGCUGGGACUGGUGGAGAACGAGCGACCAGUGGCGCUGCCGGAGGCGUGCGACAAAGUCCCAGAGGGACUGCUUUUGGAAGAGCUUUUUUCCGUAGCGAAGGAAGUGCUUGAGGCGAAUGCAUACCUUCCGGGCCGCAGUGCCGACGCAUCCCUAUUCCGGGUGGUGCGAUUCUUCCGCCGCAAGUCCCCGGGCCGCGUCAAGUUCGCGAGAAAAGCGGACGUGGAAGGGGGUUUUGAAAAUGUGUUGUUUUCAUCCCUCAUGAAGAGACUCAUCGCCCGGGGCGCCUCCCGGGAGCUCGCGUUCCAGCUGUACUGCUGGAUACGCGAGCGCGUCCACGCUGUCUUGGUCGACGGACACAUCCUGAUACGCUGGACGCCGGUGGUAGGAAUGGGCCAAGGCCCACGCCUACCACCGGCAUUGUGGGUCGUGUACCUGUCAGAAGCGGUGGAGCUUCUAGACAGGACGAUUGUUACCCACAUGCCCGAAAUCUUCGCGGACGACAUCCUGCUGCUGUUCGAAUUCGAGGACGAAGCAGCCGACACCCAGCGGGAAAAAGCAGAGGAGUACGUCACCGGCUGGCAAUCCCGCACUGGCUUGGUCUUCUCGAAAACCGAGUGGAUGCGGGCGACAGGCGGGAGGGCGAGGGACAGCACCUGCUUCGACUACCUCGGCUUCAUCCUCCAAAGCUGUGGGAGCGCCGCGCGAGAAUCAGCGAAGAGGAGAUUGAAGAUUCUCGCAAAGACCAAAAGCAGGCCAGCUGUCCCACCGUCUGAGCGGACGCCUGCAGAUGACCUGAAAUUUUUCAACGAGCAGUGCAGAUCGUUGCUGAACUACGGAGCAGCAGCCUUAUUCGAAGGCAUUGAGAACAACAAGGCCGAGAAAGACGAGCUGCGAUCGGUGGUUGCGCGGUCAGUGCGGGCAGUAAUGGGGCUCUCGCCCACUUUCCCAGUCCAGGCAUCCUUCGCCCUGGUCGGCAUGGACGAUCCCAUCUCUGUGUUGCAGGAUGAGCGGGACACGAUGGAAUAUUUCCUUGCCGGUUCAGCAAUGGGAAAGAACGUCUCCAGAGGAGAUUUGCACAAACAACCGGAAUGGAGUGACGAGAGGAGGAUAACGAUCAAAACUGCUGCGGACAUGUACAAAGAGUUCGGCGUCACCCAUGGCGAGGAGGAAGAGCUAGCAACUAAAAUGUCGCAGUCAUACUGUGCCUUGCCGGUGCCUGAAGAUGAACUGCGGGCCAGUGCGGACGGGGGCCAAGCUCCGGCCCAGCAGCAUGAUGUGGACGGGUCACAGGCCAAGCGGGCAAACUGCUAUGUGGAAACUGCAGAUGAUUCUUUCGGGACGACCUACAAAGUUUGGUCAGAUUUCCCACAGUUUGACGUCGAAGCGAUCGCCCUGGACCAGCUGCUGAGGAUCCUACCAGAGCACAUCCACCCUGGUCUCCGCACGAUCAAAAUCUUCACCGACGCAAACGGAGUGCUACAGGCCUUGGCGAACGACUGCAGCAGGCUCGAGACGAUGCACAGCCUCCGCACCCUCAUCAACAAGAUCCUCGACGCUUUCCCCGCAGCAGAAAUAGUCAUUUGCUGGGUGCCCUCGCAUAGAGGAUUCCGCCUCAACGUCAUAGCGGACUGCCUAGCGGAAUACGACGAGGAUCCAGAAGCACCAGAAGAAACCAGUCUCACGAAAAACCGAGUGAAGAUGUUGGUGCGAGAAUCAAGGCGAAGAAAGCAGCAGCAUGAUGAUGAAGGGGCAGAUCGAGAUGUUACGACCCUGCACCGGGCGAAAAGAAUCAAGAAGCUCGGCCGCGUCCCUCUUGCCGGCCUUACCCCCCAACAGGAGCGUGCAGCUUUGUCCCUCUGGUCAGGAGAAUCUUUUCUCCCUGUCACUGCAGUCAGGAGGGACGAAGCAGGGAGACCAGUUUGCCGGCUCUGCAGUGGGGAUGUGAAAGUGAGGCGAGUAAACGGUGGUGCGUGGAUCCGAGAAGGGAAAGAGGAAGAUGGAGUUGACGUGAGGUGCUUUACGAGGAUCGUCGAUCAUCUCCUCGUAGAAUGCCCAGCAGUACCAGAAGCUGCUACGCACAAGGGCCGCGAUGCCAUCGACUGCAUCAAAAAGAAGCCGAAGAACCAGCUGAACAGACUCCUCCAAGCGGUCCAGAUGCCAGAUGAGCAGAUACCAGCAGACCACAACUGGCCUCACAGGGCGACACGGGACAAGCCGACUAGAGAAGAGGAAAAAGAAAGUAAUCCAGUGGUGUGGUAUGAGGAGGCGCAGCAAGCUCUAGCUAAAAGACAGAGAGGAGAAUAGACAUUUUGUGUCUCCUUUCUUUUGACAAUCUAACUGUUCCUGCUCGACCCGCGUUAGUUUUACUGUGUGUUUUCAGUUCCAAAAAGAGAAGAUCCGACAGCGACGCGUGCUACCCAGGAUCAGUUUCUCUCACGUUUCAAACGCAAUAGCUGUACAGAGCUCACGUUCAAGCACGCUAUUAGUACAGAGUUUACCGACCAAAAAUAACUGUAAAACUCAGACCUCAGCAAGUUUCCGGCGAUCAAGUAAAGAAACAGUGCCGGGAUGUACUGCUGUUGUUACAAACUCAGCUCACCUCAGCCACAGGCAGUGUUUUGAAAGUUCCAGAAAAAUGAGAGUCUCGGCCUAUCUAAAGACGAACAAAAGCUGACUUUUCUUAUAGAAAGUGACCUCCUAGCCUUUAGGUAAAGAUCCAGAAAAAUGAAGAGUCCCGCCCAUUCUAGACAGGAGCAGAAGGGUUCACAAUAAAAGCGUUUUUCUAUUUCUUUUUCCAUAUUCUAAGACCAAACACGGCCUGCAGUUGAAUUAAGACCGUACUGAAGCAUAGCUCAGCCCGCUCCUGCAGGCUAGAUUGAGGAGGAACUGCAUCUGAGCAGCGCGAGUCGCCAUGAAGAAAAAAAAAAAAAAAAAGGGAAAAAAAAAAAAAAACAAGAGCGCAAAACAGUAAAAGAAAGAACAGCGCCGCCUUCCAGCACCCGCCAAGCUGGAAGGGAAAAAAAUCCCAACAAAAGAAAAGGCAAGGCUCCAAGCCUAGGCGGUGGUAACUGGCGGCGCAGGGCAUAACUCCGUGUUUUCCUGUGGCCCCCGGUGGCGUCGGUAUACCUCUCCUUCCGCUCCGGUGGUUGGAGAGUCAGCGAGACCUUUGGUAGCGCUGUGGUUCUUGGAUCCGGUUUGACGUCAGGUUGAGCACGUGAGGCGGGUUGUUCAGCACUGGCGGCUCUUUGGAGGUUGAUCUGCUCACACGGAUGAGGUGGUAGUGUGAAGCUUAUCUGAAGCACAGCAGCAGUGAGUUCUCGGAUUCAUCCAAACUGUGCGACUCCCUACGCUAGGUCGUUCACCGCUAAAACGGGUGGUGUUUGGUCUUGUUGUAGUGCCUAAGCUCUCUCGAGCUUUCGCAAAGGACUUACUCUCAGGAUUCUUUAGCUGUAUAUGUCAGACAGUUACUCGCAGGCCAUAAGAGGCGAGCAAAGGGUUGAUGUUGUACGUACAACACGAGCCGUUAAGAUUGAUCACACGGACUCCGCAUUGUGCGGAAAAAUUGCAAAUGAUAGUGCUACUGCUCUAGAACAGUAUUCAAGUGAGACUACUUAAUUUAAAUUUUUUGAAUCAGAUGAAUGUACCAAGCCUAAUGCACUCUUGGAAAAUGUAACAACGAGCUCGCUCGUGCGAGAUAUUUUUUCUCUUUUGCUUUAAUACCUGUGCUGAUGCGCGUGGUUAGAAGACCGAUGUAUAAUCAAGAUUGACGAGCAGCCGACACCCAGCCCGUGGUCUGCAGAAUCAAUGUAUUGUAUCCGAUGUAUGAAACUACAACGUUUGAGGAAGAUCAAGAUGAUGAUUCUGAUUCUUCUGAAAUAACACAAGCACGCCUUGCUACUGGUGUCCACGGGAGAAGAC